UACAAAAUCCAAAUGAAAUUAUCCUACACAUCACUACUUUGUUUCCUUAAUCUCAAUUCUUCAAAGCAAUUAGAAAAAUAAUUAGACAAAAGACUAUGGAGAAGUUAGCUUACGUCGUUGCUUUCUUGCUUCUUGCAUCUCUCUUUCAACCUUUCAUGUCUCAGUCCGAUGAUGGUUGCCCAGGAGUGAAAAAGGAGACAUGGCCAGAACUUCUAGGGGUACCAGCUAAGUUAGCAAGGGAAACAAUUGAGAAGGAAGAAGCAACACUAACUAAUGUUCAAACUGUACUGAAUGGGAGAUUUGUGACACAAGAUUUUAGAUGUGAUCGAGUUCGUCUCUGGGUUAAUGUGUUGGAUUUUGUUGUACAAACUCCUCGGGUUGGUUAAGGAAAAUUAUUUAAGUAUUUAAAUAAAUUGGAGCCGCUCGUAUAGUAAAUUUCUCCAUGUAUUAAUUCCACUAUAUGUUACUAUCAUCCUGUCCAUUCCGUGUAUGAUGUAAAUUGCUGCAUCUUUUUAUUUUAUUUUAGUAGCUCUGUUUUAUUUGGAGUGAA